UCGUCCGCUACCGCGUCGGCUGCUAAAAUCGAAAUUUGUUUUAAUUUUUCAAUUACAUCUCCAAAUUUAUUAGCACCAUAACUUUUAGCUUUAAUCUAGGGUCGUUCAGCACUCGACAAACCUUUAAAACUGCGUGUGAGGCACUUUUUGCUCUUAUCAAACGGAGGUCUGUGGAUCAGCUGAUCGUAGCCACCAUGCUCGGUGUUCCGGUGUCGUAGAGUUGAGGUUAUGAUCUCGGUUAAAUGUAAUGCAUCCCAACACUGAAAACUGAAAUAAAGUAGCAAGAGUUGUUUGAAAAAACAAGCAAAAUGGCAGGAGCAGACCAGAUUAGUCCUGUGGUGACUGGUAUGAAGACACUACUGCCGUCAACUGCUCUGCUCGGGCGAAUGUCAACUCAGAGGAUUGUUAUCAUGUCAGUGACAGCAGGUGUAGCUGUGCUUGGCAUUCUGGCUCGUUACCUCAGGAGGCGUCGCAGGACUGUCAAGCCAGAUUACUUCCGAAAGUAUCCGAGAAGGUUUACCAAAAGCACAGCAUACAGCAUCAAAAGUCCCAAUGGAGACGUGCUGAGCCAGGCCAGCGGCAGCACGGCGGCGGGCGGCCAGGGGACGCGCCUGUCCCGCCGCGGCUCCGUGCUGUCCAUGAGCACGGACAGGCUGUCGCUGCCCUCCAGCUCGGUCGUCGGCGGCGCCCCGGGCGACGCGCGUGCCCCGCUCGCGCCCCAGGAACUCGGCAGCCUAGGCAUGGAGGCGCUGGAGACGGCCAUCUCGUACUGGUACGAGGUGCUCGAGGCGUACCAGCAGCAGAGCCGCGCGGGCGCCACGCUAGCCAUCCCGACCGCCGAGGAGGCCGAGUUCACGGCCCACCUGCAGGAGCUGCUGGACGACGCGUACCGGCUGCAGGAGCAGGGCGACCAACUCUUCCACGAUGAGCGGUCCAUCCUCUUCAAGGCGGAGAGCUCCGCCAGGGGCGCGGGCAGCGUGGCCGCUUCGCUGUCCGAGUAUCGCUCCAACACCAACACGGGGAUGAUGUCCACCCCGGAGUCGUUCGUCUCGGCCCAGGACGAGGUCGCAGAUUUGCGAGAGCUUGACGAAUUUCAAGACACCUUUCCUGGACUUGACACCUUACCUCUUUAUAAAGAUGCCCUCAAAAAGCUGGAAGAGGAAGGAGGUAUUCCGCACAGGUGCCUUCGAACAGAAAUGGUGCACUGCAACUCUGACACAGAGUACCUCAGCAAGCUGCAUUGUGUUCGCUUAGCAUUCCAGUACUUAUUCCUCGACCACUCAACCUGGCAGUGGUGUGCAGAUGCUGGCCGGCAGGUGUUAGUGGACCUCUUGCUUUUUGCAGAUAAGGAUCCAAAAGACUUCCUCGUAGCCUAUGAAGAAAUGCUCGAAUUCCUACAAGAAUUAAAACACUGGGAAGAUGUAGAGAAAGAGCUGAGCUUGAAAGGAGUGAAAGCUAUGACAUUUUUUGAUGUAGUGAUGGAUUAUAUACUAAUGGAUGCAUUUGAUGACCUUGACAACCCUCCUUCAUCAGUAACAGCAGUCAUCCAGAACAGAUGGCUCUCUAAUGGAUUUAAAGAAACGGCGUUAGCAACAGCUGUGUGGUCUGUUUUAAAGGCAAAGAGAAGAAUGCUAAAAUACCCUUACGGUUUCAUGGCUCAUUUUUACUCUAUCUCUGAGCACAUGUCUCCUUUAAUGGCUUGGGGAUUUCUCGGCCCAGAUGAAAAGUUGAGAGAAGUUUGCUAUUACUUUAGAGAUCAAGUAAUGGGUUUACUGCAAGAUAUCUUCAGUUUCAAUAAAUCUCGUUAUACAGUUGUUGGAGAAUUGGCGUCUGAUAUAUUUACGCAUAUCAAGACACGUGUUGACAACAUUUCUGAAAAGCUUUCUAUGACUCCAGGCUGAAUUAAUUCCUGUCACAUUGUAAAUAAUUUAAAAUGAGUAAUAUUGAAUAAUUUAUAACUAGAGGUUUAGGCUAUAUUUGGAUGAGUUUUAUUGAUGAACGAAACUUUUCUUGGAGUAGAAAUUGUCAUCUAGGAGUUUAUAUGACUUAAAACUAUGAUAAGUUUACCUUUAGAUGGGGAAAGGGUUAACUUAUAAUGAUUGGUGUUUAUGUAAACCAUCAUGCACAUCGUGUUUUAUUAUUUCUAGUUCAUUAUUUUUGCCUACUUUUGGCUUGACUCUAUAAUCAUGUAUCAAAUAUUUUUAAUGUAUGCAGAAAGAAAUUUCACACGUUUCUAUUCAAAAGAAAUGGCAUUGUCUUAAAAGCACUCAGAGAUGCAGUUUAAAAAAACAAAACAAAGGAAAGCAAAUAGGUAUCUAUAUGUAUCUUUCGUAAAUGUCUUGCAUAUUCUGCGAUUGUCAGAGAGCAUAAAACUGUGGUAAUUCUCACACGCAGGCUUCAGCCUAGGAAUUGUUAUUGAGCUAGUGAGGUUCAUUUUCAUUCCAUUUAUAUUUGCCAUGCGCAGUAUUAAAGUACAAAUGAAUUAAAAUUAGAAAAGUUG